GACCCUCCUCCUCUUCCUCCUCCUCCUCCUCUCAGCUGGGUGCGUGGUCCUGGCGUGGCUGCCGAACGGUCCCCGUCGAUCCUUUCCGAACUAAAUGCCUCUGUGACAGAAUCUCCACCUUCGCCAUCUUAGCCCAGCUCAGCGCCGAAAUGAAUACGGAAAAAGUUCUCGUCCCGUCGGUCACGCUAAUCGUCGGGUGCGGAGUGUCUUCCCUGACUCUCUUGCUCUUGAUCAUCAUUUACAUCUCAGUCUGGAGAUAUAUCCGCUCGGAACGGUCUGUCAUCCUAAUUAACUUCUGUCUGUCCAUCAUAUCUUCCAACGCUCUCAUCCUGAUCGGGCAAACGCAAACCCGGAACAAGGUGAUCUGCACCUUGGUGGCCGCAUUCCUGCACUUCUUCUUCCUCUCCUCCUUCUGUUGGGUGCUGACGGAGGCCUGGCAAUCGUACAUGGCCGUGACGGGAAGGCUACGGAACCGCAUCAUCCGCAAACGCUUCCUCUGUCUCGGAUGGGGCCUCCCAGCCCUGGUGGUUGCAAUCUCUGUGGGAUUCACGAAAGCCAAGGGGUACGGCACCGUGAAUUAUUGUUGGCUGUCUUUGGAAGGUGGUCUCCUUUACGCCUUCGUGGGACCAGCAGCUGCUGUCGUUUUGGUGAACAUGGUUAUUGGUAUUCUGGUGUUUAACAAACUUGUAUCCAAAGAUGGAAUAACAGAUAAGAAACUGAAGGAACGGGCAGGGGCGUCGCUGUGGAGCUCCUGUGUGGUCCUCCCGCUUCUGGCCUUGACGUGGAUGUCGGCGGUGCUGGCCAUCACAGACCGGCGGUCCGCCCUCUUCCAGAUCCUCUUUGCGGUCUUUGACUCCUUAGAGGGCUUUGUCAUUGUGAUGGUCCAUUGCAUCCUGCGGAGAGAGGUACAAGAUGCCGUCAAAUGUCGAGUGGUGGACCGCCAAGAAGAAGGAAAUGGCGAUUCUGGGGGGUCAUUUCAGAAUGGACAUGCUCAGUUAAUGACCGAUUUCGAGAAGGACGUGGAUAUGGCUUGUAGAUCAGGUGAGCACAUCACAGUUCUAAACAAAGACAUCAGCACUUGCCGUACCAUGACGAUCACGGGGACCCUGAAGCGCCCAUCUCUGCAGGACGAGGAGAAGGUGAAGCUGAACCAUCAGAAGGGCUCCUCCAACUUUAACAGUCUUCCAGCCAACGUCUCCAAGAUGCACCUCCAAAGUUCCCCGCAUUACAUGGGGCCCAUCAACCUCAAUGAGUUCGGCAACCACACCCUCACUCUGAAGAAGGACAAGAGCCAGCAGCCUCCCAAGUCCAUCUACAUUUGCGACGGGGACAUCUUCAAAAAGCUGGACUCAGAGCUCUCCCGGGCUCAGGAUCAAGCCAUAGACACCAGCUAUGUCAUCCUGCCCACCAACACUGCCACCCUGAGGCCCAAGCCGCCCCCACCACCGCCACCCCCGAAGGACGAUACAAAAUACAGCAUCAAUAUCGACCAGAUGCCUCAGACGAGGCUCAUCCAUCUCAGCAUGGCCACCGACCCAGGUUUUGUUGUCAAGAGUCCUCCAAGGGAACCGGUGGUGAUGGGCUGUGGGGAGGUCCAGGCAACUCCUAUGAUGCAACAGCAGCAGCAGCAGCAGCAACAGCAGCUAUCACCACCGGUGGUCAACAAAUCCGGUGACUCGCAGAUGCUAAGCUUGUGCGAUGCAGGCGAUUCUGGUACUUCUGGAAUGGUGUCUAAGAGCGAGACAGUCUCCACAUUGUCCAUGAGCUCCCUAGAGAGACGGAAAUCCCGGUAUGCAGAGCUAGAUUUUGAGAAAAUCAUGCACACGAGAAAGCGUCACCAGGACAUGUUCCAAGACCUGAAUCGCAAAUUGCAGCACGCAGAGAAAGAGAAGGAGUCUCCACCGGCAGACAGCAAGGCUAUAAAACGAUGGAGCGUUUCUUCGGGUGGAAGUGAUAAAACAAACACUAGCCAAGAGAAGCAGCAGACCCCCAACAAGAGACCCUGGGAAGGAAUUCGGAAGGUCCAUUCGCCACCAGCAUGGGUUAAAAAGGACAUGGAACCCGUUGCUCAGUCUCCCUUGGAACUCAAAACUGUAGAGUGGGAAAAAACGGGAGCAACAAUCCCCCUGGUGGGACAGGACAUUAUCGACCUCCAGACAGAGGUCUGAGGAGGCAAAAGAGACAAGAGACUCUUGACGGUGUUUUUUCCUCUUCCCCCCUUUGGAAAACAAAACCGAAUACAAAACAGAUAAGAUUUUUUUUUAAAUAAAAAAAAAAAACCAAAACCCAGUUAAAUGGAAUCGAAACCGAGAGAGAGCAAAACCCGGUUGGUUUCUUUUCGAAACCUCGCGGUUGAAAUGGAAGAAGAUAACGGUGUAAUCUUGGUAUUGUUCUCUGCAGACAGAGUUUGAGAGAAGUAUUCCUUUGUAGAACAUAGUAGCAGUAGGUGCAGAAUGAGAGACGGUCUUUCCCAGGUAAGGGGGGAAAAGGCUUCGGGGAAUGGAAGCAGGCCAGGGGUGGGGAAGGAAAGGAAAUGGGGGAAGGGGAGGAAUCUAGGUUUGAUCUUUUUCCCCCUCAAAAAAAUGAUGUUUUUAGUGACAAACAGACAAGAGUCUUUACCAAGAGGGUUCUGGUGGUUGAACAGUGGCCAUGGUUUUCAACAGAGUAGCAGAUGGAACGGUUGGGUCAUCAAAAAAAGAAGCCCACUGGUGGACAGCAAAUGAUUCCACUGGACAGCCUUCUACCGGUUGGUUCUUGUCUAGAUGGUGGGAGGGAGAAGAAUAGGCCCGUCUCCCUUCCACCCCCUCCAUACCACCAAGAAGAAACUGGUCCUUACUCUCCUCAGCUCAAGAAGAGGCCUCCUCAUAGGCUGGUUGCCUUCAGCCGCCCUCCAACGAGACAGCCCCAAGGAUUCCAAGUUGGGGCGAAAGAGCGGGAUGGGAGAGGGCAUCUCCGUGGUUAAUUCCUCGACAUUUUUCUUCUUCCAUAUUGGAUUUCCCUGAACUCUUCAACGACGACAAAAAAAGUGUGAUGUGCGAUCAAACGAGAGAGAUCCUCUUAAGACAAUUCUGAUCCACUCAACCUGUCUCCAGAUAAAAGACCUUGACUGGGGAGGGGAGGGUUUUUAAGAAAACAGACAAAAAACGAGAAAGAAUGUAGGUCAUCAUAUUGACUGUUAGUAGAUCCUAGACAAGCUCAUUGUGGGCCUUUGUGCACAAGGUCCCAUGGCCUCAUUUUUAUUUUCUUUGUUUUCAAAGACUCAAAUAACAGCACCUUUCCCUCUUCAUGCUUUCCCAAAGCGGACAAUUCCCAGUUAGAAGACCUGGAGAAGUUGAGAACAUGGACAACAUUGCCUUAGGACUGAGAUAAACUGAAAACAAACACAAACAUUGAGUAACAUCCACUUGGGAAAAAAAAAUCUAUUUUUUUCUUCUUCUUUUUUUCUUUUCUUCAAUAAAAAGACAACUUGAAACCCGAGGA